CUGAACACAGGUUGGAUUACGGUAGCUAGCAGCAGUUUGUGCAGGUCCGUUGCCGCAUAAUGGGCACUGGCGCGUCCAGCAGCAAGCAGAGCACUAGUACUAGGGAUACGAGCCCAGACUCUGCCAAUGUUCAGGAGGUAUCGAUAGUCAGUGAAGAGAUUGCCUCGCCAGCUUCACAAGAUCUAGACUAUGAGAAACAAUCGCCAGACGAAUCAACCGACGACUUUCUCGACACUGAAGCUCGAGAUCAUUUGGCGACCAACCUGCAAACAGGGAGAGCUGUCGACGAGACUCAUUAUCUUGCUCGUGUGCGUUCUCCUCCUCGUCUGAUGCCUAAAACCAAAUACGUAAUAGAGACUGAAAACCCAACAGUGACGAUUAGUCAGUCGGACAAGACAGAGAACAGUAUCCGGACGGCGGCUAAGACCGAUGGACGUGUUGAGAUGCGUGAUCGUGAUAGAGAGUUGAAGGAUUUCACUAAUGAAAGAGCUAUGAUUGGAUCUUCUGGCGCAGUGACAGCUGACCUGUUCAGUCGUUUGAAUGCUGGUCCACCGGCUUGCAGCACUCAUGAUCUUCACACGAUGGCUGAAAGUAGUAAAACAGCAAAUGAUCAUGAUGUAGCAUCAGAUGAGACAGACUUUUCUUCUAAUAAACAGUCUUUCCGGCCUGUGAAAGGAACAGAUGUAUUUGAGUUAUUUACCAUGGACAGUGGAGAACAGUUUACAGUUUAUGUGAAAGAAAAUGGCAGGCGAUAUUACAUUGACUGGGACACCAACGAGUGGAAGAGACUUCCCGACUCUUGGCUGAGUCGUGGCCAAGUUCAAAGUCUUGAAAAUCCAGUUGCUUCUGGUGACAUCAAACCACGUACAGUUGGUAAUAUGGCAGCCUUUUCGUCUCUGCCACCGGUGGACUCUCUUGAUGAUGGUAGGACAAAUGUAUUUCAUCACCCUACAAAAGGAGAAAUACUUACAUACAUGUUUGAGAAAAAAAGAAACGUGGCAUGUUUCUUUCAUGAAAUAUCUGGAUCAUGGUUGAAAAUGCCUCUCAGUUGGGAAAAGGAUAUUUCCUAUAUUGAAGAGAUGAUUAGGCAUAUUCAGUCAGUACUACCUGCCUGGAAGGAUGUUCGAAGUAUUAUUGCUGCAAUCCGUGCAAGCAAUUACCACCUGGAUGACUGCAUUGCUAACUAUACAGCAGUACAAGAAAUGGAUCAAAACGCUUUAGAUGUCUGGCUUGAUGACAACAGUGCAGCACAAAAAGCUGUUGUACAGUUAGAGGAGAAGCUAGAUGAAAAGACAGCUCAGUUUGAGUCUCUCAAAUCAUAUAAAUUGGAACUGGAACAACAGAUUGUUUGGAUGGAGGAUACAAUUGCUGAACUUCGAGAGAACUUGGAGAGGUCAGAACUAGAGCGAUCAGCUGCAGUGUAUAGAGAACGAGAACAAGCGAAGCGGUUGACAACUGCAAUGCAGGCUGCACAGACAGCUAAGCAUAAAAAAGUUGCAAGGCUUCAUGUUGACAGAUCCAGUUAUAUUGUUGUUCAAACAUCAGUUCGAUCAGUCAAGACAUCUUUGUUGGCAAUGCGACAAAGCAUUUCUAAACACUUUGAUGCAUUGAGAAUUCUCCUGAAUAAAUCUAUGACCACAGCGAAAGAGAUAGGAGGCAUUGGUAAACGAGCACAAAGUGAGAUGGAUGAGCUGAGAAAUUUGUACAGGAAAGAAUGUCUUCAAAGAAAAUUGCUGUACAAUCAGCUGCAAGAGCUUAGAGGCAACAUUCGUGUUUUCUGUCGGUGUCGACAUGAUGACCGCUAUUCUGUUGCACUGGAGUUUCCAACUGAGGGUGAGAUAGCUGCUCAUACACCACAAGGCCCUCAGAAAAUAUUUGAGUUUGACAAGGUUUAUGGGCCAGAAACAACCCAAGAACAAGUGUUUGAGGACACUCUGCCGACUAUUAUGUCUUGUGCUGAUGGUUACAACAUUUGUAUCUUGGCUUAUGGUCAAACUGGAUCUGGCAAAACUUACACUAUGAUGGGAACAGAUAGUAAUCCAGGAGUAAAUGUUAGGGCUAUCAAAGAGCUUCUAAGAAUAUGUCAAGAGAGGGAGCAGAUUGCAUACACACUGAAGGUUUCUGUUCUUGAGAUUUACAAUGAAACUAUUGUUGAUCUACUUGCAAGCAGUGAACAAGCGACAAGACUGCAAACACAGACAAAGGGAAAACAAGUCUUAGUACUGGGAAUAACAGAGGCUGAAGUUAGAACAGUGGAAGAUGUUACAGAUGUGCUUGAGAGAGGAAACCAAAACAGAAAAGUUGCUCAAACUGCUAUGAAUUCAUCUAGUUCUCGGUCUCAUCUUAUGCUUACAUUGUCACUGGAGGGUGUUGACUCUGUUUCAAAAGCAGUAACGCGUGGAAAAUUGAUGCUUGUUGACUUGGCUGGCUCGGAGAGGAUUUCAAGAAGUGAAGCAACAGGGCAGAGACUUGUAGAAGCAGCAGCUAUCAAUAAGUCUCUAAGUGCACUGGGACAGGUAUUCAUGGCUCUUCGCACAAAUGCUCUGCACAUUCCCUAUCGCAACUCAAAGCUUACCCAUUUACUGCAGCCUGCUUUAGGAGGUGACGCAAAGGCCUGCAUGUUUGUCAAUGUCAGUCCAGCACAAGUUAAUUUGGCUGAGACACUGAGCACACUACAAUUUGGCCAGGGAGCAAGACAGAUUGAGCUCGGUCCUGCUCAGAAGCAUGUAACAAAAGGAGCUAAACAGGAUUUCCUGUAAAGAGCUUAGUGACUUUACUUAGCUUAAUCUAAGUAGUAUUUUUACAUUGCAUAAUCAUAGUGUGAGUAAUACUUAUGAUAUUUUGCGUACAGAUGUAAAGCGGUUUUGAUUGAUGAAUAUGUACAAUUAGUACAACAUGGAUUUUUGUUGGCCAGAUCAGAGUGUGCCUGUGGAGCUGAUUAUAUUCUGUCGAUCAUGCUCUGUCUCGCCUCAUAGGUGGUUGCAUGGUUAUCCAUCUAUAAGACGCAAUGAAGUCCGAGAUCUUUUAACUGCAUGGUUUGCUAGGUGAGGUAUGUUACGAUGUUCAGUCUAAGCCAAUUUUUCAUCCAUUAAAUGGAGAGUUCUGUCUCAGAAGGUGAUGAUGAUUAUGAUUCAAGAUAGGAUAUUGGAGCUUGUGGAUUCUGGGAGGCAAUUUUCAAAAAUCUUACUUUGAUGUUUGAGUAUUUUAAUCCAAAUGCAGAGUUUUACAGCACAACCAGUUUAGCAUCUUGUUGCAGAAAACAAGAGCUCGAAAAAGAGGAAAUACGAGGAACAGAUACAAAAUGUGGAACAAGCGUCAUUUACGCCUCUUGUGUUCACUUGCACUGAU